UGCUGACCAAACAUUUGGCGGGAAGAAGGGUCUCAGGCUCAGCUUGUCUUAUUGUUUUGAUUGUGAACGCUUUUUUGACAACAAUUUUGAUUGAAUUUAUCUCGUUUUUAAUUAAUAUGGAAGAUCUUGAUUCCCAGUUAGACGUUAUUUUUAAUGAAAUUACUUCAACUUUAACUGAAAAACACAAAUUCACCAGUAAAGUUGUUGAAGAGAGAGUUUCUCGACUCAAAAAGUUUACUAAAAAAGCUGACAAGGUUUACUUCAAUUAUUUCAAGAACUGUGUUGAUCAUUUUCUAAAUGAAGAAGUGAAAAUUUAUGAUGAAGUCAGUGCCAAUCUAAAUGAGGAUGAAGAGCUAACUGCCCAGAUUUUAAAAACCUGUAGUGAAAUUGAAGAAACCAUUGAUGAUACUCGAAAGAUUCUUGGACAGAGUCAUGAAUUAAGCAAAGGUAUUGAAACUAUUAAUAAGAGGAUACAAUCGCAUGAACAACUACAAAGUCUUAUAGAAAAAUUAAACGGAGUCAUCGAAGAAUCUGAGUCAAUUGUAUCAAUGAAGCAUCAAGAAGAGGCGAUCGUUGAAGAUGAAAUGUAAAAUAUGAUUUUAUUACCAUUAGCUGUUAUGUUAUCCUGAUACUAAACCUCAUGACAUGAAUAUCACAUAUAAAUAAAUGGAAAUUGGUCUCAAAAAA